AUGGAAAAAUCCGCCAACAAAAAGUCUACUCCAUCCAGAUCAUAAACACACUCAUAGAAUAAUAACAAUCAUAAUGAGUCAUAGGAGUCAGUAGAAAACCUUGAAAAUGUUGAUAACAAAAUGAUACUCUAUGAGAUUUUAGGAGUUUAGCAGACUGCAACAGUAGAUGAAAUAAAAAAGGCUUACAGAAGACUUGCACUUUUGAAGCAUCCAGACAAGAACCCCAAUGAUGAAAAAGCAUCAGAGAACUUCUAGAAACUUCAGAAAGCAUAUUAGAUUUUAUCAGAUCCCAAGAAAAGAGAAAGAUAUGAUUAGUAUGGUGAUGAUGGGGAAAACGGAGGUGAUGUUUUCUCUACAGAUGAUUGGUUAACAGCUUAUGAAUACUACAGGACCUUGCAUCCAGAAGUCACUAAGAAAGAUGUGAAAGACUUCUCAUAGCGCUACAGAUUUUCCAAAGAUGAAGAAGAAGACUUGCUCCAGUACUAUGUAGACCAUGAUGGAGACGUGACUCAUAUCCUUGAAAAUAUUAUUUGUAGCGUAAAUGAUGAUGUUUAGAGAUUUGUGGAUUUCUAUGAAAAGAUGAUCAAGGAGGGAGAGAUUGAUGAUUGCAAAUUAUUCUAAAAAACUAAAAAGAAAAUCAGCUUACUUCCUGAUGAAAAAGAGGAAGCCAAGAAAGAGAAAAAUAAGAUCAAGGCUAAGUAAGCUAAGACUGCAAAAGAUGCUGGAGUGAGUACAAUGUCCGAUCUAGAAAAAAUGAUAUUGGCUAAGAAAUAGACUGGAUUCAAUGGUUUCUUGAAUUAUAUGACUGAUAAGUACGCAGAGCCUGAUGCUAAAAAGAAAUCUGGAAAAUCUAAAGGAGGUAAGAAAAAUGAAGAUGAUUGGGAAGAUGAUGAAGAAGAAGAUGUGGAUAUGGAUGCUAAGUCAAGAAAGAACUUAAACAAAAAGAGAAUAUAAAAGUCGAAGCAGGAAGACCCACCUGAAGAGAGGUCAGCUUAGAAGAAAAGAAGAAUGAACUGA